AUAACAGAAACAGAAUUGUAUAAAUUAGUUUUGAUGCGAAAGGACAGAAUCAGUCAAUUCCGCUCAUUAGUAGAAUUCAGACAGUACGAGGUGUUAAAAAUAUUAUUGACUUCAUAUAUCUUGUUUAUUUAUUGUGUUAAAUCGAAAGUGUUUCGAAAAUGACAAAAUUUUCAAUUUCUCGUCCAAUUUUCAUCAGAGUUCUCAUUUCAUUGUUUGCGAUCAAUCGUGUAAAUACAGCAGCAAUAAAAGCAGAACCGGCGCCGGUUUUGAAUGUGGCUGUUAUUGGAGCUGGAACAUCGGGGCUAGUGAGUGCAAAAUAUGCACUGGCUCAAGGUUACAAUGUGACAGUCUACGAACAGGCUGAACAAUUCGGCGGGAUUUGGUGGUACACAGACAAAACCGGCAAAGAUCAAUAUGGUCAAAAUGUCCAUUCGGCGAUGUACCUAGGACUUAGAACGAAUUUGCCACACCAAGUAAUGGAAUUCAACGAUCAUCCCUAUCCGAAUGGAACCAAAUCGUAUCCACCACAAGCCGAUGUCCUGAAAUACCUUCACUCAUACGCGGAUCGUUUUGGAAUCAAGAAACACAUCAAGCUCAGCCACUUGGUUAUCCGCGUUCUUCCAAUCGAAAAUGACAAAUGGGAAGUGAUCGUGAAGGAUUUGCCAAACGACAAAUUCCAGACACUGAUCUAUGAUGUCGUUUUUGUUGCCAACGGUCACUUUGCUUCGCCACGUUAUCCAAGCAUACCCGGCCUUGAUGAAUUCAAAGGAAAAACACUGCACAGCCAUGAUUAUCGUUCAAAAGAAGAAUUCCAUGAUGAAAAUGUUCUUGUCAUCGGAGCUGGACCUUCUGGUAUGGAUAUUGUUUUUCAACUUUCGAAAGUUGCCACUCGAAUCACAUUCAGUCAGUUUAAGCGGCCAAACGAAACGAAAGAGGAGCGGGAAAAGCGUCAAAGUCUGAUGCCACCAAAAACUACACUUCAAGAUAAUGUCGAACGUUUUACACCAACCGGCGCUGAAUUCAUUGAUGGCACCCACGAAACAUUCUCUUUGGUGAUUUUUGCAACAGGCUACAAUUUCACGUAUCCAUUUUUGAGCGUUGACACUGGCAUCACCGUGGAGGAAAAUACUGUUUUGCCACUGUACAAGCAAGUCUUUAACAUUGAACAUCCCACGAUGAUUUUCAUCGGUGUACCAUUCACCACUUGCACCACUCGACUCUAUGACUUGCAGGUGCGAUUCGCAAUGAAAUUCCUUACGGGUGAAAAACAACUGCCAUCGAAGUCGGACAUGUUGACCGAUAUGCAAAUUCAAUUGCAAAAUCACUGGGGUAAAGGCUAUGGCAAGCGCUACACUCACUAUCUGGGCGUUGAGCAGAAUGAAUAUUUCAAGCAACUAGCUGAAACAGCUGACGUUGAACCGAUUCCAGAAGUUUUGCCCGAUAUGCAUUUCGAUUCGCGCGAAUCUAUGAAAAAGGGCCCAUCAGAGUUCCGUAAAUUCAAAUACAUUAUCAUCGAUGACAAAACGUUCACCAAGGAACGGGAAGAAGAUUAAUUUACGAACAACGCAAGGCUGACGAGAGAAAAAAAAUCCAUGACCCUGGCGAUAUUAAUUCACCUUUUUAGAGGCACUUAUCAAUUAAUAGUAGCAAAAAGUGUUUGUUUUGAAUAUAUUUACUAUCAAAAUUUUUUACUUA